AAAGGUGGUCUGAAACUCCCCAAUGAAGUCGUGCUUUCCGUUUGUCAGCUGGCAGAAAUGAUUAUUAGACAACCUGUAACUUACACAAACAGUUCAAUGCCUCCUAGACACUUUUUUUUACUCUUUAGUGAUGAUAAAUAUUGCCAGUAAUCAGUUGUUGGUUGUUUGCCACUUCAUUCAUUUAGUUCCUUUAUACUGUGGAGUCUGCUCUAUUUGAACUAAGAUGAACCAUGACUCUUUGCAUGGUGUUUUUAAAUUGUUGUUACAUAACCUCAAGCAUCCAUCUCAAAUGAGAAAGUCUGUAUCAGUUUUAUCACUGUUUAUUGUGUCCAUUUACCCUCCCUCUGUUUGUCCUCUCUGUUACUUUUAUCAUGUUUUCUUUAUGUUUUGUGACCUGCUGUAAACAUAAACAUUGUCAGGGAUCAAUAAGAACAUUUGUCCAUUUUCGUGUGUUCCUGCUCACCUGUUUGCCCUCCUGCUCUGCUCUCACCUCCUUAAAGGUGGUCUGAAACUCCCCAUGUGUGUCUUUUGUUUUGACAGUAAUUUCUGUGUGAGGAGACAAGCGCUCCUCUCUGCAGCCGUGCUUUCCACUUCAGGUUUGAGAGCACAGCUGCUACACUGUCACCUAAACAAACUCGCACAUAAACACACACACAGUGGCUCACACAGGGGCUGGUGGCAUGCAGGGAAAUGCCAUGCUGAAUGAUUGAUAAGGGCGGUGUUAGUAGGGGGGCAAUGGAGCGGUGAAAUAUUAAUCUGAGGAUGCUGAGAGGGACGUGGCUUAGGAGACAGCUUUAUGUGUGUGUGUGCGUGUGUGUGUGUUUAGGCGCAAUACUUUGUUUCUCUCUAAGGAGCUCGUGGACAAGAAAAAUGGCCUCCUUCAUCAGUGAAGAGUGCGGGUCAGCGGGCUCAUGUUUAUUCAUGCAAAAGGAUAACAGUUUGGAGUAUUUCCGAUUGUGAGAAAAAGCAUCAGUAUCCAGGCUGAGUCACGGACUCUUUGGGAUCGAUAAUAUUCGAUACGCUCGGUCAAUAGAGACACUCAUUUACACAGAGAAAUGCUUCCACCUUUCAUGAGGGUUCAGUGGUUGUGAAUGAGCCAAUUCACGAUUAAGCUUUGUGACCUUUGUGUUUGAUUUCUCUGCAGCGGCGAGCAAUCACGACCAAUCCUAAGACGUCUGAUUGAAAACAAUGACCCGCACUAAUCCUCUUAUUUCCUGCCUUGUACUUAUGCUGCAGAGUGUCCGCACCUGAAGUGUGUGUGUGUGUCUGUUUGCUUUUGUGGUCAUUUGUGGUUUCCAUGUGUGUCUUUUGUUUUGACAGUAAUUUCUGUGUGAGGAGACAAGCGCUCCUCUCUGCAGCCGUGCUUUCCACUUCAGGUUUGCCGAGAGCUGCGAGGGAGAGAGUGAUGAAAAAAUGAAGAGCUGCUGUUCCAUUCAGUGCCUGUUAACCGUCGGCUGGAGAGGGGAUGGGAAGAAAAGUGUCGAGGUGAGGAAAGGAGGUGAGGAAGGAGCACAAAGGAGGAGACGCACAGAGUCGACACAGGAGGGUAAUACAUUUAUGCAUCGGCCAGUUAAGAGCUGGUGAAAAGGAUGCAUUGGUCUGAAUAGAAAUCUCUUUCCUGCCAUAUCGCACUCUGAUGCUUCAAACAGGUAGCCCUGGAAACCACAGCUGAUGGCAAGCUUGUGUGUGUAUGUGUGUGUAUGUGAAAGUGUAUGUGUGUGUUAAAGCCCUCGUUUUGCACAACUGAAUACGGCCUCAUGUCUGCAGCUAUAAACACACCGAUAGAGUUUCUGAAAGCUUUAGCACAUCUCAUGUCGGAUUGCGCAGGAAGAGGCUGCUUAAAUACUGCGGUGAUGAGCGGUUGUUGGGCAGCUUUCGUUUUAGCUCAGGUGUUAUGCCAAAGAAUGCACCCCUGCCGUAUAGUGCACCCACUCACUGAUCCAGCCGGUUGAAAGUACAUAACAAGGCGAAAUAAUACAAGUUUUCCUUACGUUGGAUGUAUUCAACAGCGUUUGCUCUUUAAUAAUUUCAUUCAGGCUAUUCAUAUCAAAUAGGCGAGAUCAUGUGACCUAAACUCAACCUGUGGCUCAAAGAGAGGAAAUAGACAGAGAGGCUGAAGGCUGUUUUCAGAUUUCUAGCUCUGCUUAAAUAAGGUAAAUAUUUCUUGUAUGUGGCGCUUUAUCAAAGCUUAGAUUUGACAUUUAGAUUAGUUUGCUGCACAGAUAAAAAAACACUAUCAGAGAUGCAUUUGCAGGACUUUAGGCGCUUUUUCCCUCUCCUUCCUCCACGCUAAAUGAUUUGUACCCACUCAAAAGACCCACAAUAGGAGAUGCUCUGACACAGGGUUUUUACCUCAUACCAGCACCUACACUUGAGUAUUGACGUUAUUGACUUUACUUAAGGACGGAUUUUGUGUCCUCCUCAACUCCAAUUACAAAAAACUGAGGCCAUAAUACCCUCAAUGACAUCUGCUGACCUUUCACACUGGCUGGUCAAGCACUAGCUUACAUAUUCAACUUAUUGACACCAACAAAGAUCGUUCAGGUCAGACCAGACUACAGUGUAACAGCUUCUUCAGUCAGUCAGUCAGAGGCAGACACUCACAGUUAUGAAACGUUCAGUUACUUUUCUACUCUACUAAUCUAGCGCACACAUGCCCCAAGAGUUAUAUUUGUCAACAGAAAUGUCAAUCAUGGCAUUAUCCUCCAUUUUAUUCCAUCAAAUACUGAGUAAAAAUAGAAACUGAGCAUCUGGGUGUAAAUCAGUGUGAUGAUAACUAUAGAUGCAGCUGUCGAAUAUUUUAGUAAUAGUAUUCUACCUGAUAUUCCAUCGGUUACUCGAGUAAUCAGACCCAAAUGGCAGACUGAAAUACAGUGAGAUUUCCUAUGUCACAAAUCCAAGCUCCAACCCUGGAGCCCCGCAAUGAAGGCCAGACUCGGAGAUACAGAGGACAAGCUUGUGUGUUAGCAUAUUGCAGUGCCUCGUAAGAAAGCUAAUUAUGAUAUUAACUUUCAUCAUGUCUCUAAAGACAUUAGUGCCUAAGAGCUGAGUAGUUCCUAUGUUACCUACUUCUGCUACUACACCGGCAAUGUUAGGCUGCAAGCUAGCAUGAACAGGAGUGUGCAGAGCAGUGCUUUCUCCGCCCACGACUCAGAGGCGAAUUGCUAAUGAGCGACUGGAGCUCUGCAGAAGAAAAGCCCCAGCUUAUAAUUGAGUGCUUGAAAAUUCCUCGAUCAUUUGUUAUAAUCGAGGUUCUGGGGGAAUUGUUUCAGUCCUAAGAUAAUUAUAACAACAAAAAAAGAGUUAGUAAAAAAUCUAUUUGACAAAAAAGUCUGAUCCAUGUCCCAUCAGUUUACAUGUAGGGGGCAGGCUUCAUCCCAAACCACAACCAAACAGUAGGGGGCGUUUUAAAUGUUUAAACGUCACAUUUGGGUACAUCGUCCAUCCCUUAAUGUUGCCUGCUUUUACCUAGCUUAAUCUUGUUCAUAAAAAUGGGACGAUAAAUGUGCUUUGACCUUCUUUUCAUGAUGAAUGUGGAACAACGGCGAGCCAUGGCAAAAAGAUCAGCAAACACUGAUGGCAAAAACUCUCAUCAACGAGGUGAAAACUGGACAUAAAGUUUAAGGCGUGCCAUGGGAUGUUUUAUAUUUGUGCUAUCUGCCCGCCUUGUCUCCAAUCUGUACUCAAACUACAAGCACUCCUUUAAUAGGGGGAGUUAGUUCAAGGGCGCAGUGUUAAUUUUAUCUCUUGUAAUAAAUGCUCUGAGGGGAUGAAUCCUCUCUGCCUCCAUGUGUCUCUCUCUGUGUCUGUUUACCAUGCCUGCCUAGGGUGUUUCAGGGUUUUUUUUGGUACAUUAGGGGCUGAGUCAGGAACUCCACCUGCCCAGCCCACAAAAGAGGGGUACAAGCACUUGGUACAACCUUGAUACCAACUUUUGAUUGAUGAGCUGAUUUAGUGUGAACACAGAAAACAUUACAACCGCAUUUUGUCUUUUUAUGAACUAAAACACUAUCACUAAAACAGAAAUGUUCUGAACUUUCCAGGACUACAACUAUACUAAAAUUGUGAAAGUCAAAAAUGACUAAACUGACGAUGCUCUGAUGUUGGUAUUGAACGAUUUACCUUUAGCUCUCGGUCCUGGUCCCCACUGCAGAGAGUAUUCAGAGAAACCUUAAAGGAUUUCCAGUUUGGGCUCAGAUUGUUCAUGACCGUCUAUCAGUAAAGAAAACAACAUCUUGUAUCAAUGACACGCAUCAGUAGGUGAUAAAAUGUGUUUUUCUGUGAAUUUUAUUACCUCAGUUCUGUGAACAAGCGACUCAGUCCCAUCAUUGUUUAUUCUGAAAAUCUCCAGAAAAGGAUCUGACUUGCUGAAGAAAUCCUUCAGAGGGGAAAACACACACACACGUGAGGUGUUGCAUCAGAGCUUCUUUUGAUCAGUAUAAAUCAUUCACACACUAACAGAAUCAUCUUUUCACCCUGUUUCACCCUUUUUUCUCUCAUCUUUCUUUUAUGCAUCCCCCUCCCUGUCCGCUCUAAUUUACCCUCCUUACCCUCUUUUCCCUAAGGCAUAACUUGUUUGGGUUAGUCAUCCGUGGCUCUCUCUCUCUGUGUGUGUAAGUGUGUGGAGGCUGAAAAUUAAUAUAGUUAUCUAUGUGAGUUGAGAUAGAGGGGCGGGGGUUAUUGGGGGAGAGAGGGUGGCCACCUAUCUCAGCAGGCCUCCUAACGCCAGAUUGCACUCUUGUGUAUUAUGCGCCAGUUGCUUCAUCACUAAAUCCCACAGCCCCCCCACCCACCCACAGGCUUUUCCUUCCCACACACACACACACCUGCCUCUUCCCAUUUCCUGAACAUUAAUUCCUCUCAUGUUUAAAGAAAGACACACAGCCUUUCUCACGCUGCUGCACAAACCUUGUCGUCCAGCUUACGAGCGCUGAAGGAGAGUUCGACAUAAUCGUCGUUUCCCGACAACUCCUCUGCUGUCACCUUUAGAGUGGGGGAGGAGGAAGGGAAGAAGGAAGGAAAGGAGGUUAAGAGAGGCAGCAAGAGGAAAAGUAGAUCAAGGGGGUGAGAGAAAAUGAGAUGGAAAUGAGGAAGAGAGCAGACUGAAUAGGCAACAUCGUCAAAUUAAUUAUCCACAGAGUGUCUGAGUGCAAGAGGUAGUGCAUGCUUGAUUUGAGUGUUUGUGUUUGUGUGUCUAUGAGUGUGUGUGUGAUUGACGUUUUGGAAACACCGUCAUACCGUUAUGGAAGACUUCCCCGCAGUGUUUCCCUGCUUGAGUAGAGCUUUGGUCAGUUUCCUCUGAGAGACGAUCUGAAACAAAGACACGCAGCCCGCAUUAAACCCACGCAGCGUCUCCCUUCAGACAGCCCGCCCUGUUAGUGUCACCCCGCCGUCACCUGGCACUUUUUCUUUAUGUUAGCUCUCUGCCUUUUUACACACUCAGUGGACAUAAAGCAGCACAGUUGAGUCACCUCUCUCUGUUCCUGUCAAAUGUAAUUUUCUCUUUGAUGGUAUCACCGGUUGUAUCUGCCAUCUCUUUGACUCUAUUCACCUUUCACUUUUCUGAGCAGGGUGAAGGAAAAAUCUGGUUACAGUGAGGGCCAGGACAGACAAAUAAAUACGACAACAUUGGAAGGUUAAGUUUGUUUAGUAUUAACCGUUUUAUUUAGUAUUUCUGACUCUGAGUGUGUUCAGUCUUGUUUAACUUCUGUUUCCCUGCCUUCCUGGUUGUGUACCUGCCUUGUUUGCACCUGUGGUUUGUUCUCGCUUUGCUCGUUACCCUUGUGUGUAUUUAGUCUCUGCGCUUCCUCCCUCCUGUGUCAGAUCAUUAUCAACCUGUCCAUGCUUCCUCCUGGUUAUCCAGGUGUCUUUAUGUGAUUUUGUUACACUUUUUCUGGACUUAUUUUAUUAUAAUUAUUUUCCUCUUAUCUUCUGUAUAAUAAACCGUCAACUGCACACGGGUCCUCCUCUUUAAUUUGGUUCUACAUGUGACUAACAACCUGACAUAUAAAACAUGAAACCAUGUUUUAGCAGGAUAUCAUUACUCAGAUUCACAAAGCGUUGAUAAUCGUGCCCUUUUUAAUCGUAUGAACCCAAUCAAGCAACUGAGAUAAAGGAAAUAGUCUCUGUGAGUGGAAACAAGAUGUAACGCCUCGUUUUCCACUUCUUUUUAAUCAUAUCAAUUUACUUCACUAUCAAAUAAGCUGCUGAAUUGAAUUAAUCGCCUGUUUAGCAGGUUGUUAGCUCAGCAAGCUGUCAAAAGCUGUUUUUUUAGGCUUUUUGUGUUAACUGGGGAGGAUUGGACUGUGGAUAAACCAUUGACCUCCAUCUUCCGUCAGUAAACUGAUUUGAAGGGAUUUUCUCCACUUUCUGAAACCAACACUGCGCAGUAAGGUUGUACGCACUCCACCACUUGCACAGUAGUGUUGUACGCAUUUGGUGGGAGAGUCGCUGUGAUGAAGCUCAGCUAAAGAAGCGUAUCCCCCAGGCGAGCUAUGCAAUCCUCUUACACCCAUAGGCUGUAUCAAGUGUCAAUCACAGAAAACAUGAACCCCCUUAUAACUUUUAAAAAUGGAGCUGCACAGAAAAAAGAGGACUUGGGCACAAACCAGUCUUACAGUAACUACGUGUCAACAUCACAACCAGGGGGGAGAAAAAUGUAUGUUCUGUGUAAUAAACUUCUAAAGUUUGUCCACAGCUCCAUAGGGAUUGCUGGAGGAGGUGGGAUUUAUGACCUAUACUACAGUCCGUCACCAGAGGGUGCUGUUCUAGGAGUGGCUUCACCCAGUGAGGAGGCAGACGGCGUCCAUUCAAUAUACAGUCUAUGGGAUAAAGCAGGAAAUAGGGGAAGGGUGGAGGAGUAACAUGUGCGAGAGGAGACGCCUAACCUCUGACCUUGACCCUGGCUGUCCAUGUGAGGCAUAUUCUCAGUAUAUGGGGCACUUACUUGGGCCACAAUACCACUAGUGUCCCAAUUAAAACACUUUAAGCGUAGAGUAGAUUUCAGCUUUAUGUGCCCCCUGUGGACAAACCGUUUUAUCUCAUCUUUUUGUUGUUUGUCUGUUUUAGCUGUACUCAAAACUCCUAUAAAAGUCCUCUAAUUUUUAGGGUGUGAGUGCAAACAGUCAAAUUUUUCACCCCAACCUUACCUGUGUGAGAUUAGGGGAUGCAGCAGGGGAUUUGUUGCUCUGAUAUAAAUGCAAAAACUCUCAUUGCAGCAUCUGUCUGUAAACAUUAGGGCGUCAGCGGCAUGCUUUUGAUGAUACGUCCCGCCUCCCAAGACUCUUAUCUCCCCACCCUGCUUAUCACCUGCCUUAUCCAACAGGGAUGACUUCACGCUAUGAGAGAUAUGUAUGAGAAAGAGUUGUUUUAAAAUUUCAGAAGUAGAGAUUCUCUGAACGUCUAAAAACACUUUUCCCUCCUUUUAUAAACAACUCAAGCCUCGUCCAGGAGCAUCAAACUAUCGAUCAUUUAUUUUUUAGCCGUUUGGAGGCAGCAGGAGAAAACUUGUCAUCACAACACUGACAUAUUACUUAUAAUUUAGUGGAACUACUUUGUUAAAAAGCGGCUAAAAAGCCACAUUAGCAUUCAUUAGCAGCUUUGCCUUUUCUAGCCAACCAAACAAGCAUCCGAUGUUACCCUCUCAGAAGACCUUGCCUCAGGCACUAAAGAGACCUCCUGAGAAAUAUUUGUGUCUAUUUAGCUGCUCAACGCUCAAAUAUGCUCCGCAGCUAUCUAAAUAACUGUUGAGACCCCAUACUAAAGCCCUACAGGGGGCUAAAUCUCAGUGGCUCCAUUGUAUAUUCAAAGUCAUGUGAGCCACUGCUAACAUACACCCUAAAUGCUAAUAAGAGCUUAUUCAAACCCAUGUUUUGUAUAACUGCUUACAUGCUGUGUUUGUGUCGAUACUGCUGACACAAUGCAUCUGCAGCAUUUCUCCUGCUGGGUGCAUGUAGCAGCAAUGACAACACUAUGGGGGGGCUGCAUCUGCACAUGUAAAUAGAUUAAUGAUAGAGUACAGCUGCAGCAAAUGGCACAAGGCUGCCGUCACUUACUUAAACAGCGCCUUUUGUGCUUUCAUAUCAAGAUUAUUGCUAUAUUUUUCCAAGCAAAGGCUCAGACAGACCGUAUCAAGACUCGUAAAAUGUUGUAAUAUAGCUUCAAAACCUCCCCGACUCUCGCCUUUUAAAUCCCCUUUUUUCUUUGUCAAUUAUCUCCCUCCUCACCAGUGUUGUAAAUCCACCGGCUUUAUGCUGCUGAUAGCCUCUCCCACAAUGAGAAGUGGAAACAAACACUUAAGAGCGUGUUGGACUCUUUGUUCUCCCUGUCUCCCCCUGUAGUGCUCCCACUCACUGUGAUGUAGUUUGUAAUUUCCUGAAAUCAACUCGCUCCGCUUGUUAAUGAGCACUGCUGCAAUUUAGAUUUUCACUUCAAAUGCGUUUUCAAUAUUCCUGAAGCAAGUGCGUACAACAAAUCUUAAAAUACUGAUUACAACUCCGGCAUUAAGAAAGGCAAAACACCAUUAAGUAAGAAACAAGGCCGUAGUUAUUAGCAUAUGCAAAUACAAAUGUGCCCUGAAAACAUAAUUCAAAGCACCCUCUGGACUUCUCCAACCAAGGACUCAAGGACAGCAGCAGCUCUGUGUAAAUGCAGAAAGCGACAAUCGGCAACCUCAGGCGAAACAGAAACACAUUAGGAUUCCCAGCACGACUAAAGUUUUCCCCUCCAAUUUAAAGUUGCUCUCUUGCCUUACAAUUAAAGUCACAUUACCUGAUUCCUACAUUUAAUAUCCCAGCAGGCUAAAUGCACUCUACAAGGAUUAAUAAUCCAUCCUGCAGUGCAUGCAGGUUGCAUGCAAUAAUCUGGAACAGACCAAAGUGUUGUACAGCACUAAAAAUAACACAUACAGAGGAUCAGUUCAGCUGUACUUACUCAUGCACAUGUAUGCUCUUCUGCCUUGCAUUCACCUGCACUGACAUGCUCAUGUCAUCUUUUUUCUCUACUCUCUACUAAAUGCACUCAAACAUGUGUUCAGAUGAGCAGAUGUCAACGUCAUGCAUCAUUUAGCUUGUGCACAGACUUCGAGGAAAUCUCUAUUUCACUGAAAAGUACACAGACAGCAAAGAGCUCAACAUGUUGCAACCAUUCUGGUCCGUAUCAAGGAUGAGGGGAUACAGCAUGUGCCACUGACCUGGCCCAAGGUGCACUCCAUGGCUCCCAGGAAGUCGGCAUCACGUAGGCCGUUGUUCCCAGAGCUGAUGUCAUGCAGCUCAAAGCGAAGCCUCUGCACCUCCUCGAAGUAAUAAUCCACCAGGAAGAUCUUGGAGAAGACCGGACCGCUGCUGCUGCGAAUCACCUCUGUGCGGUCUACCUGAAAACACACACACACAAACACACACAUACACACACAGACAAGAGUGAAUAAACACACACUCCAACUUAACCCUGGGCUUCUCAAAGUGUGAUUAAUGAGUCCAUGAGGAAAAUGAGGAGAACUCCAUAAAUCAGUGUACAAACUCCAUUAUUUAGCCUGUGACUGCAUGCAUCCGUUAAUUGAACUGACUUCUCAUGUAAAACCAAACAUGAAUGAAUGAGCCGCUACCAUGCAUACACUGUAUUAAACAUGGAUGAAGACUUAGCUGGUACAUUUAGAAGCAUAGUUAAGUCGAGCUACAAUUAAAGCUCCAUCAGGCGAUUUAGUGUCCGUCCCAUUUCAUAAGAACAGGGCAAGAAUCGAUUUAUUGACAAAAUUAUGUCCACCUCUGCUAUAGGGGUGGGCAAUAAAUUAUCAUUCACGAUAUAUCGUCAGAAAAAUCCUCCAUGAGAAAUUUUUGCCAUCUCAUGAUAAAUACGAUAAAUUCAAGGUGAUGACAUAAGUGCGAGCGACGGACUCGCAGCCAUAGCCCACACAGAGCAGAAUAACAAACGAACAUGGUGGUUAAGUAUCUUAUUUGACUACUCCAACGGGUGUUCUCAAGACAAAAUAAGUCAAAAAUAUUAAUUGGAAUUACAAUAUUUUUAUCGGGACUUUUAUCGUUAUCACCAGAAUGGCAAAUUGUAUCGUGAGAUAGUUUUUAAACCAUAUCGCCCAUCCCUACUUUGCUACAGUCAGAGGUGAUAUGCGCCCUUCAACUUCUAUCUAUCAGGUCGUCUUUACUACACGUCUCCAAAACAAUGCAUAUAUGCUCAACUUCUGGCGUGUUAAUUGUGGAGCAUGCCCAGAGUGCUUUGGUCUCUUUCAGUCAGAUUAAAUCACUUACAUGGAAGAGAAAAUCCAUAAGAUCUUAAAAUAACGUGUUACUCAUCGCUUUAUUACUUUUUAGCUACAGUAAAAGCCUGAAUGUGUGAAGGAAUAAUUACAGAGCUUCUAUUGUACAGUGGGGAGCUUCAUUGUCAGAUGAGUUUGUAGUUAAAAGUCAGCUGAGGUAUGAAGCCUUCAUUUCACUUCAUUUCACAUUCAGCUUGUUGUCUCUGUGCAUUGAUUAAGGACCUCUGCAGACUUUUCAGAAUCGCAGCAAUUAUCACAAAUACUAUUACCACAUUGUUUACGCUUAUCGGACUCCAGAAUUGGGGGAUAUAGAUUUUUUUUUGAUGGCUUAAAUCCUACAAACGCUCUGACUCAACAGAGAGGCGCCUGUAGUCACAACAUUGAUCUCACAUUUUCUUUUCUACAGCCGCCUGUCACAGCAAGAAAAAGCAAGAAAAAGCCAAACAAAAGUCUGCCUCAGCGCCACUGACAACACAAAUUCAACACAAGCAGCAACAACUGGGUCUCUUAUUGUUGAUAACCCUUUGGCACACAUGCAGCACAGGCAAUGGCAUAUCAUCAGAGUGGGAAACACAAACAGAUUUGGCCUUUUUUUGACACUUACCUCAAUAGGUUGGCAUCUCAUUAAAGGAAAACACACACGCCCAGUGGCUUAAGCACUUUCUCUGAGAGAUUAUCCAAUUAAGAGCCUCUGAGUCUGAUGGAUAGUGAUAACAUUUGUCCAUUCCAACACUCCCAAAGAGGGGCUUAAAUCAACACACACACACACACUCAUACACACAUACAUGCACCACUUAUCUGUGCAAAAAGCCUGUGUGGCAUCUCUACAGACGGUGUAAUGCUGCACUUCUUUCUUUGCACCUGAUCUGCAGCCUCUGUGGAAUAGGAGUGUGUGAAUGUGAUAUGUUGAGUGUAUGCCUGCGUGAAUGUGUGAAUCUGUCCAUGAGUGUCUGUUAUUGCAGGUCACUUAAGCACUAGAUGUGUGAGGGUGUGUGUAAAGAAAGAUAGAUUCGCAGCAUAUGUCAUUCUUCUCAGAAUAAAAGGAAUGAGAAAUACAGACAGAUAAGGACCUGCUUCAUUCAGAUUUAUCUCCAUUCUCUGCCACCCAAAGUUCAGCUAAUAUGUGUUUUAAUAAUUCAACAAGGAGAUUCCAACUGAAGUUUCUGAAACAGCAGGUCGAGUCCUGGAGGAGAAAGAAAAGUAAAACACUUCUCCUCAAUUUUAUCUUCCAAUUUUUAGCUCGCUAUGAAAUCUGUCUUUGGGAGAUGUUGUCUCCAUCUGUUGGAUUAUAAUCAGCCUGCUACUGCAUGCUGAGAGAAAUGAGUUUGGUGCUCAACUGGUGCAGCUUUUCUGUCCCAACUCCAAGGUUUUGGAUGGAUUCUUCACGCUCCACAUGCAUGUCUACAAAAGUUGUCAUUUUGGUUGCCUUCUGCUGCAAUUAGCAUCCAUUAUUUCUGCAAUCCAGCGUGAGUAGGUGAGCGGCACAAUCAUAGUCCUUGAUUACUCACAAUCAACCAUCCAAAUAUGAAUUCACUGAUGUGCUUCAAUAAUUGAGUGUUGUCUUCGCAGAAAGAUUAAUGUGACUCAUCUGCAGAGGAGAUGGAGACACUUCUGAUGCCACUCUGCUUGGUGUGCCGGGUCAUGGACAAAUGAAGUGGAAAUUAUGUUGAAUUGCUAGUUUGUGUAUUUCAUUGAAAUUGUCUCUAAAGGUUGGAUUAACUUUGCAGAGCUGGAGAAGAAAGAAAGGGUCACUGAAAGGUAACAGUAAUGUUAUAUAACCGGGGAAAUAGUCGUGUAACUCAUAUCAGUGCCAAUUACUUCCUGGGACUCUGUGGAUUUCCUCUAAAAAGAGGGAAAAGUGGGUCGAAUUUAGCCUGGGAGUGUAUCAAACUGCUCAAAGUAAAAUAUCUGCAUAAACACUUGAGCCGAUGUGGCCGUUGUGCUCUGAUUUUCUGCUCAUAAAGCAGUCUGUCUAAAGUGAAAACACACCUUUAGACUUUCACCAUCCCUUCCCUGUGCAUACCUCAAACCACUGCCCGUGUGACUGCAUCUUAAGCACCACGCAGGGAUCCGGUUUGGAGAGAGCGUCACGAUCUGAGAUCCCCCGGCAGGCCACUCUCAGCUCCACUUUGGUCAGACAUGGAGAGCUGAUGAAGCCCAGCGUGGCCUCUGCAGACUCGUAGAUGUUACUCAUGCUUAAAAUCACACACUGAAGAGAGAGACAAAGAGAAAAAAACAUAAAGUGAUAUUAUAAACAGAUUGAUGCGUUGGUGCAUGCACAUAUAAACAGAUUUAUAGAUAGAUAUUUGUACAGAUUUGUAGAUGCUGCAGGAUAUUCGCUUUGACAUGAGCAGGUGCAGUAACCCUGACUAAGCAGACAGUGCUCAAACUGUUCAAGGUCAGUACUCUGGAGCCACAAACUACUACACAAGGUCCCCAAAUACACACACAACUGUGCAUGCGAGUGCAAACACACACAAAUAUGCAUCCAAACAUGUAACUGAGAACAUGUGAUUGAAUACAUGUGCACAUUCCUGAAACAAAAGCAUGUACACACACUCAAACACACACAAACAUAUACAGUGUGCCCUGCUGAGUAACUAGAACAAAUGCCUGUGUUUCUCCUCAGGUUUCCACUGGCUGUAUAGUGUUCACAGUCCCCAAAUAGAAUACUGACAAGCAUCUAAUCGCUAUGACACAAACAUUUCUGCCCUCAUAAUGUCAAAUGAGUUCAAAUCAAGCCUCAAUAAAAGCCUGAAGAUACCUGCCUCCAUAAUGAGUCUGAUGUAAUUCUUCAGAGACAUUAAACUACAGGCUACAUGUGAUUUACUCCAGUCAUUCCAGCUGUAGAGGAUUCCUCGUUUGUAAACACAAGCUGUGGUCAAUAUCACACAGUAAUAUCUGAAUGUGUCACAAGGGAUCUCUCCCCGGAUCUUUAAAUGCCCAAAACAUCCAUCAACCCUCCCACUCUGGCAUUUUUAAUUAUUCUGCUAGAUUAAAACUUUCAUCAGGGCCAUGUGGGCGGGUACAAACUCAGUUUGAUUGACGUCAUCUGUGCCCUCCUUCCACUUUAAUUGCACCUUUUGGAGACAAGUUACAUGCACCUUUAUAGCUCCUUUAGAAGCUCCUAAUGGCACACAGACUCUCAUGCCUAGAUGUAAUAUCUAUCCACCUCUAACCUAAACACAUAGCUAAGACCUAUGAUUAUUCAGCUGUGGGGGUGUGCAAGCAACUCAUGCACAAUAUACUCAAAGACUUCAUAAGACAUGGAUGUAGUCUCUGUGGUAUCACUUUUCUGAAGAGGCGUUAUGAGGCAGAGAGGUGCCGUUAGCGUGUAGGAAAUGGCCACUCACACCAACUACCAGCUAAUCUAGCGCAACGGUGAAGAUGAGGCCAAAGCUUCAUCAGUUACAUCACUUAUAAUAUAAAGUUUUGCGCAUUAAACUAGUCCCAAUGUGAACAAAUUAGAAUAUUUAGCAACAUCUCAUGGUGAGACUCUUGAUUAUAAAGCUCCCUUGCUCACCCCUGUCAGUAAGGCGGCAGUGGUCAAGGAGCUCCUGUGGUGUAUGAUGAAUAUGAAUCUUCAUGUCAAGUUUUAACCGCCCAAAAAAAUCUAUUGAUGCACAUUUUUAACACAAAAUCGACUCUCUUCUUCUCCAACUUAAACUAAUGCAUUACAGGCAGCCACUUAUUAAUAAACACAAAAACCCAAAUGUUACUAUUUUGUUUGUUUUGGGUUUCGGUAGAAUCAUAGAUAAUAAACUUACUGAUACUGUAUUUGAUUUCUACCAAGCUUGCUAGGUGCUGCUGAAUUCUACAUGCUACGUCUUUGGCUGUUAAAUCCUGGUGUAGGGCUUGGAGAUGAUAAUUUAUUUUCCAUAUCAGUCGAUAUCGAUAUAAAUAUCACGAUAUAAAAAAUGAAAUUUAACAGUACUUAUUGGUAGCAUGUCUUUUGCAAUAAGACAAGCUACUGUAUUUUGUCGUAAGGCGUGGCGCUAGAGAAAGUGGACUGAAUGGUUGGCUGUUUCGGAUGCACAGGCACCAUGGGCUCCUUGCUCCGCUCUGGGUUUGUAACCUUUUGUAACCUUUUGUAUUGACGAUGUCAUUAUCUGUUGAGCCUUCAUCUGCAUUUCUGCCGAGGGUAACACUCAUUUUCUUUUUUUCUCACUGACAGUGCUGUCAGCUUCACGUGUUGAAGUGUUAUGGUUGCAUGUAGCUGCAGCCUGCUACUAUGCAGUCGUUUGUGUACUGUGUUCUAAUUCAGCACGAUUGGUUCAGCACGAAGCGGACCCAGAGCAACUCCCCUUUUCAUUGGCUAUUUGUAUAGUCUACCAAAACAUGGCAGAAUGCUGACUAUAGAAAAGCAUACUGACCGUGUUUUAUAUCGAUAUUGAGGGAAAUUCAUUUUCGAUAUUUGUCGUUAUUGUUUUAUCGUACAGCACUAUCCUGGUGAAGAAAUUGCCAUUCGGACACAGGGGGUCUCAUUGUGAAUCUUUCAACGACUAAUAAGUUAAACUGUGAGAGCUAACUGUAAGAAUUGCCACAGCCAUUGUCAAUGUAGUUAAAACAAAAAUCAGUCAUCACUUAUAUGUCCUAUAUCAGCCCCUUUCACAUAAUAAAGGCUGACACUAAAUAAGCUGAUUUCAACCACAUUUAAAUGUUGAAAAAUUACUUUACCAGCUCUAUAAGGUAAAAGCUUAUAUGCUAAAUAUAUCCAGGCUAGCUUUUCAGUUUCAGGUGUGCUGAACUCAGCUAAAUACCUGGAGACUGUUGCUCCAUAUUUAAUGGAAAGAUAAUUCAAGGAUUGAUCUUCACAUCAACGACUCACUGUCACAGCAGUCUACUUUAUCAAUAAAACAUAAAAAACCCUCUUAGAAGGUUUACAGGAAACAGCUGACAGAUACUUCAGCAAAGCCUUGAAUUUAUUAACAUUACACUUAAAACACUGUACUGCAUGUAUAUUUAACUUCAGGAUAAGUAGAUUCAGUUUCAGGCCCGUAUAGUCCAGAGGUAGCACAUCAACUCAGCUAGCCUUAAGUUCAGUUAGUGUAAGCUAACGGGCGACCACAGUUCUGAUGUGUUAGAUGGUACUAACUGAAUAUUAAUGCAGUGGUCUGGUAGUAUCAUCCUUGGGGAAAGGGGCUCUCGGAACUGGGUCUGACUCUGACCUGAAUGCCUCUCUUUCUCUCUCUCUCUCUGUGCCUCUGUCUUUCUUCCAUAAUUCAUGUUCCAUGUGUGUGUUUGGCUGCUGGUGAUUAUUUUUAGCUGAAGCACACAGAAACGAGCUGCGCACGUAGAAACCGACAUGAUCAGGGCAGCAGGGCAGGUGCGUGCAGCAGAAAUUGAAGUGGGUGAAGGUGGACUGUAGGAGGAUGAGUUUCAGUAUGUGCAUGGCGGUGUGUGUUUGCAGUGGGGAGCAGCAGAUGCUUGUUACGGUUGACAGCAGAUGACACUGACAGUGACAGAGGAUGUGCAAGAUUCCUACUGCUGUAACCACUGAGUUGAGACUCUGUGCAGGAUUUCCAGCUAAGAAGCAGCUUCUGAUUUGUUGCCAGAGGUGACAGAAUUUUUUCCUUCAAACUGUGUUACUGGAUCCAGGAAGGAUUCUUGGAGAGGAGGGGAAUCCCUAACAGUAGUAAGACUGACAGCUGACUUAUUGAGCCUGAAGAUAUAUAGAUAGGUUAUUGAUCCCUGAACGGAUUGCAUUGGUGCAGUGCACUAAUGUGGAAUAGGGGUCGACUGAUGUUGUUUUUUCAGGGCCGAUACCAAUAGUGAUUAUCAACAUUUGAAACUGACAAUCAAAAGUUUUUCAACAUCAUAAUCGUAUCAAUAUACUGGAGUGAACAGCCAACCAGUUGCUCUUAUAGUUCAGUUUUGUAACACUGUCAGUUGAUGUCUAGCCAAUCAGGUAGUGUUGUGGGCGGGACUUUCAGUGAGACAUAGUGGUGCAAGACAACAGAUCCACAAGGCAAAACACAUUGGCAACAGAGCUGAAGUUGUGCACUUUUGAUAGGGGUCAACUGUCGAUGCCGAUACCGAUAAUGUGAGUGCAGGUUGGCCGAUAUAUGAUGCCGAUAUUGUUGCUGUUGUAUCUAUUGCUUUGCAUAUGACAAAAUGCAACAAUUCUAUCAAGCUAUAAGAUUAGAAACAGCAUUGAUAUGUUUAAACUAGUAUUUUAUUAGAUAAGUGAAAUAUUUGGCUUAGUUAAACAUCACUAUGGAGAGCUCUGGGGUUUCAAUUGAUCUAUCUGCCGAUAUUGAGAAAUUUAAAAAAUAAAAGGUAAAUAUUUGAGUUUGAAUUUAAAAGGAAGUUAUAUUUACAGUAUAUCCAUUAUGCGCAUAAAAAUAAAAAUCUGAUAUCUUAACCAGCUGGGUGUUUUAGAUAGAUUUUUGCCACAGAUUUCAGACCGUGACAGGUAUUUACACCAGGAGCAACAUUAAACUGAAUUAUUUUACACAAUAUGACAGAAUUUGUAUGAGAUAAUGGUCAGUAACUGUCAUCUGUGAUUGGAAAAAACAUUUUUUUGUUUAGAAAAGAUUUUUGUGAUAUUUUAAGUGCAGAGUCAACUAGAAGGCAGAUACAGAUAGUCUGAUAAUCAGCCGGGGCAAAUGAUCAGUGUACCUCUACUGAGAACAGUUUAGGGUCUUUCUUUUGAGGAAACAUUUCUUCAGUCUCUACAAAUUGAACCACAGAACAUCUUUCACUCUUAUGACAUGAAUUUUACCAUUCUCACAAUGUUAUAUUUAAAAGAUGCAGCCAUCUCUGAUAAGACUGUAAAUAUGCCAUAAUAGGAGGCUGAAGCCCUUGAAACAAAGUGAUUCAAAUGCCCUGAAAAUUGUAUGCAAAUCAAAUUAUUGACAAACUCAAACCAGAAUAGUCAUAAUUGAUUGUUAGGCAGUGUGAGAUCUCUUACAAUCAUUCCAAGGCUCCUCUCAGCCUGCUCUUACUCUCCACACUGACACAAUCAAUCCUCUCAGAGCUCGAUAGCCAUGACCUCUGACUUUGUGAGAGUGUGUGUGUGUGUGAGACUGUUCACCUUCACAUGUUAACGUGUGUACAGUGACUGUGACAGAUCUGACACUAAUGAUUUGACCACAGUAAGGUCCAUAACACUUAAGUAGACUGUAAUUGCUCUGUCACACAUUCACAUAUUGAUUAUCAGACAAGCGGUGAUAACAUCGGCCUGCAGCCACAGCAUCAAAAACUAUCUGACGUGUUAUGUAACACUUUGUGGAAUAUUAAUCAUGCAAGGUGACAGCUGUUGAAGACAGGGUGGACAUCUGAAAGGCAGUCGAGUCUGAGCAAAGGCAGAGAGGAGUAUCAGAAGUGAAGCAGUCUGCUGUUGCAAACUCCCUGUGCUAUUAGAGCUGACAGAGAGACAGAGGCAGGCAGAGAGUGAGGGUUGCGAGAAGGGGGAUUAGAGAGACUGGGUGAGAGGAAAAAGCUGGAGAAAGGCGGACAAGUGAGAGUGAGAAAGGAGAAGAGAGCAGAUUUCCUCCUCUCAUAGGGCUUAUCUUGUCUCAUAGCACUCUAGUCAGAAUUAAAUUACAGCAUAUCUGCUAAGAUAAGCCUACAAGGUAUUUUCCAGUGUUUCCUUGAGUGGAGAAUUUCAUAAAUCACAGUGGAUUUGUACCUUACAGCGUGAUCUUAAAGCACUGCUUGUUUUACGAAUUUUAUGCAACAGAAUAAUUAAUAAACCCACAUGAGAAAAAGUCACACAAACUGCUCAGUCUUUAGUAUGAUGCAGGUAACCGCUGGAUCAUGCAAUAAACAACUGAUGUCGUGUCACUUAUCAGCACAUCUAAGAAAAAUGCCUAGGACAGAUGUUUGCAACAGUCCACAUCAUGCACCAGGUAAGACAUGCACCAUCUGGGCUGCAGCUGAGAGAAACUCACCUCAACGACCUGGAGAAAAAGAUCCGAGCGGAGCUGAACAACUUUACCGCCGUUUAGUUCACAAUCACGGAUGCCUCAGCGUCUCCGGACCCAUCUCCCUCCCCUCACUCUCUUUGUCUAUAUGUUUCCCUCCCCUCUUACACCGCAGAGCUCAGCCGCUUUUGGCGCUGACAGCCUCACAGAGAUGCUCUCUGAUUCCCACGGGGCUUGCACGGUGAGGAUGCGCUCCCCUCUAACGCCUGGGUUGACUCUGGGUGAAAGAUGGGGAGGAAGAGGAGGAGGAGAGGAGGAGGAGGAGGACGGUGCGCCACUUAACUGGAGUUUGUAAUUCGCCGGCUCCAUCGGGGGCCGCAGAGAGCGCACCAAGCCGAGGGACCAACAGCCUUUGAGCAUGGUGCAUCAGCGCCAUCUAGUGGACGCACAUCACAAUAAAGAUGUUACACUUUCAAAUUGGUUUUCUGGUUCUCAUCUUUGAUUGGUUGCGUUGCGCCUCGCCAGUUUUAUAAUAGGGAAUGACCGCACACCUGAGACCACUUGGUUGUCAAUUUGAGGUUCACGCUGUGCCAAAGAGAUUCAUGGGUUCAGAAGAAUUUCAAACGUGUUAUUACAGCUUAGGAGGCGGUUUAACUCUCGAAAUUACCAUAAAGAUAAAUAUCAGAAAACUGUUUAGAGAUGCUUAAACUUUUCUUUUCAUUUUCAUGCUUUUUCCCUGGUGGAAUUUAUCACGUUAUCACCCUUGUUUCCGACCACAUUUAAAGGAGCUGUGAUUUAAUUACUCACACCGUGGCACACAGUAUUUUCUUGAAUGCAACAGAAGUUUACAUGAAACACUUUUUAAUUAGAUUAAAUAGCGCGGAUUUUUUGACUUACCGCAUUUCCCACAUUCAUUAAAUUGUUGAAUAAAUUCCAAAAAUCACUGCAGCUCUAUAUCUCAAAUCUCACAGUCUUGGCGUAAUAGUCAAUUUGACGCGCACCCAGUUCUUACAUGGCAUUACAGCUUUAUCUCCAUCCUGUAGGCUUAGGCAUGGCGCCACAUUAUUAACAAAUCAAGGCAUUGAUUUAGAAGGCAAUGAUUUUUAAGAGGAUAUAGUCUAAAACGGAUUUGUGUGGAUCUUUUGAAAGCCCAUUUAUCCUGUUAAAUCGGCCAGGACAAGUGUGCCCUGUUGCAAAAUGUUUCGUCAGAGUAGCUUUGCCCCAUUAGACUAUUUGGUUCAUUAUUUAGACUAUAUAUCAAAAUCAAUUACAAUAGUAAUUGAAAUGAUAAAUCUGUUGUCUGAGUCACUAUUUGGCAUGUUUUUCUGUUUGAACCCGUUGCGCGCACCCACUCGAGAUCUGUCACUUUGCGGUGGAUGAGAUCAUGCCAUGUCUGGAGCAGGGGCGCCCAGCUUUGUGCGGUCGGACGUGGACCACGCCCCGGCCACGGCGUGCGGUGCGGUGCUGUGCUGUGCUGUGCUGUGCGGUGGUGCACCACCAGGCUAGCUUAGCACACAGCCGCUACAUCCGGGCGCUCUGCUCGGUGUACAAACCCUGCGAAGAUGGCGACUUCAGGGAGGAGUGCGUUAUUAUCCUCCACCUCAGCUGGACCCAAGAACACACUGGAGAGCGCCAACACAGAGGAGGAGGACGGACAGGACUUAUGGUGGGCGAAAUAUUAUUAAAGCCGAGGGUUAGUGAGCAGGCUUUGUGCGCACAGGGGAUCCAUUGUGCUCUGAGGAGGAUGGUUUGACAGCUAGUCUGCUAACGAUGCUAGCUGGCAUCAGCACCAGCCUGAGUGGACGCCUUAGCUCCUCGCUGUCACUCGUUGUUUUUAAUGAAUGAAUUAGCCUGUUUGUAACAGUAGCUCUUCUGUCUGCAGGUCCACCAUCCUAAGUGAAGUGUCAACCCAUUCAAGAUCAAAGCUACCGUCGGGGAAAAAUGUCCUGGUCAUGGGUGGGUAUCACUGUGUGCAUGUCUGCAGUCCUUCCAGGCUAGCCAAUAGACAUCAUUAGCCUGGGGUAGCUGCUGAGCUCUUUAUAGCAGACUUAAUACAGCCUUAUAGUGAAGCUAGCUCCUCUCACACUCAUGGUGUUUAGAUGAUUUAACUGGGUUUGUCCGCGAGCGCUAAGGGACAGGUGUAUUUUUCCGAGCACCCACACUCGCGCACGAGCGGCGGCGCGCGCACGGUCCCUCAUCUUGAAAGAGGAGAGAGAGUCAGGGCCGCUUUGAAACACUGCAAGUCAUUCUAGCAUCCAGUGAUGCUAGCUGCAGCUAGGUGGAGAUGAUGCUGAGGGGAGCAGACAGACACACUAUCAGCCUGUGUGUGUGUGUGUUUUUGAACGAGGCCACGAGGCUUUAUAAGGCUGGAGCAGACACGGUGCCUCCCUGUCUCGCUCGCUCCUCGUGCCCCUAAUGCUAAGCACGCACACAUACGCGCACGUAAACACACAUUGUCCGCACAUCCGCCCGGGAUAAUCCGCAGCCUGAAACCCAUUCCAGCUAAUCAGCGAGCUGGUUUCCGAUGUGGAGAGUGUUGUGCUAUCCAUGACAACAUCAGCAAUCUCUGCUUUAUGAUGCACCGAGUCCCCCUGUCGGUUUGACUCAUUAUGGCACAGAGGAAGAAGAGCUGCAGACAAUAACAACAAUGGUGGGCUGUCAGCUUAGAGGUGCACACUGAUGCUGGGACAGGUGCAGACCAUCAGCUGAAGGUAGAUAGAUAAAUAGAUGGUGCUGUUGUGUUUCCAGCAUGUCCUGCCUGAAUACACCCCCAGCUGUUUUUGCUCUUAUUAUCUGUAAGUAGCUCAAGAUGAAGCAGAAGCAUGGCCAACAGUCUUAAUGGUGAAAGUGUCAGCAUGUUUAAUUAGAGUAUGAAGCUUGUUAACAUAAAAUAGUUUUUAUUAUCUGGGUUGAAUUCAAUUUUUUGUUAAUGCUCCUACUCAGACUCCAUUUACAGUGAAUGCAAUAAUACUGCGCUUUGUCAUGAUGCCAAAAUCCAAAUAUAUUCAGCUUAACUUAUGACAGAUGUUUAAGUUUCAUAUAGGGCUGGGCGAUAAAAUUAUUUCCCCUCAAUAUCAAUAUCGAUAGUCGACAUUCUGCCACGUUUUGGUAGGCUAUAGGAAUAGCCAAUGAAGAGGGGAGUUGCUCCAAGUCCGCUUUGUGCUGAACCAAUGGUGCUGAAUUAGAACCAAGUAGCAAACGACUGCAUAGUAGCAGGCUGCAGCUACACAAAACCAUAGCACUUUAACACGUGAAGCCGACAGCACUGUCAGUGAGAAAGAAAAACAGAAAAUGAGUGCUACCCCCAGCAGAAAUGCAGGUGAAGGCUCAACAGAUGACAACAUCGUCGACAACACUGGCACGGAAAUGUCCGUGGUGUGGAGGUGUUUUAGUUUUUUGAGGUCGGACAUGAAGCAGAGUAAUGUGCACUGCAAAUUAUGUCGAGUACAUGCUCUCACAAAGUCGGGAUAUACCUCAAAUCUUUUUUACCACCUGAAGCAGUGCUACACGGUUGAGCAUGCGCGAUGUUAAAGGUUACAAACCCUGAGUGGAGCAAGGAGCCCAUGGUGCCUGUGCAGCCGAAACAGCCGACCAUUCAGUCCACUUUCUCUAUCUCAACGCCUUAUGACAAAACGUCAAAGAGACUCACAGACCUCACAGAUGCAGUAGCUUAUUGUAGUUCAAAAGACAUGCUACCACUAAGCACUGUUAAAUUAAUUUUUUUAUAUUGAUAUAUAUAUAUAUUGAUAUUAACUGAUAUGAAAAAAAAUAUAUAUUGUGAUAAACUUUUUCCCAUAUUGCCCAGUCCUAGUGUAGUAGUUUUCCUGGUUUUUGCUAAAUGUACAAAAAGAGUUGUCUCUUCAGACUGUCAGAAGACACGUCUCUUAGAUGCCACCUCGAGCUUUGGUCCAACUGUUGUAUGAAUAGCAAAUAGAUUAGUGAAGGAUAUAAUGUACGGAUAUAAAUACAUUCAAAUAAUCACAUUUAUUUAUUCAUUAGAAUUAUGCAUCCUGUCUUUUGCCUCUGCAUCUUAAAAUCCAGAUUCUUGGCUACACCUCAAAGUUUUAAUUAUCGUUGUUUGUAGCUUGUAUUCCUAUGGAUGAGCUUCAUACUCUAUUGGCUGCUGUAUUUUAUGUGUGUGUUUGUGUGUUUAGGUGAGGUGGGAUCAGGGAAGACCACCUUGGUUGCAAAACUACAGGGUGUCGAAGAAUACAUGAAAGGGCGUGGCCUGGAGUACCUCUACUUUAACGUCCAUGAUGACGACAUUGAUGGUAACCCUCAACCUUUCCUCUCUCUGUUUUAUUUUUAAUUUUAAAACAGCGGCAUGGCCUUGUUUAUAUACAGUUCUGUCUUUGUGUCUGUGUGUUUAGACCACACCAGGUGUAAUGCCUGGGUGUUAGAUGGAGACCUUUACCACAAAGGGCUCCAGGGAGUAGCUGUUCCAGUGGACUCAAUCGGCAACACGUUGCUCUUGAUAACGGUCGACAUGUCACGGCCUUGGAACGCCCUGGACUCUCUCCAGAAGUGGGCUGCCGUCGCUAGGGAACACAUCGACAAACUCCGGAUCGCCCCGGAAACGCUGCGGGAGCUGGAGCACAGACGUGAGUCACACAAAGAGCAGGCAGAUAAAGUUGAAAGAAAGUGUGUGUAAAGGAAGGAAACCAUUUUUUAUACUGAUUAAAAAAUAUAUAUGUGUGUAUAUAUUUACUAAUGCCAGUGGUUUCUAAAUUUGCUCCUAGUUGUAAAACAGUUCCAGGAGUACACAGAGCCAGGCGGGGAGGACGGCACCCCGCAGAGGAGAAGUGAAGAUGAGGAGAGCGUGCUGCUGCCGUUAGGAGACAACACACUAACACACAACCUGGGAAUACCAGUGGUGGUGGUCUGCACCAAGGUACACACACACUCUCUCUCUCUCUUCCUGCCUUUAUGCAAACAAAUAUUUUAAGUUUACCUGAAAAUUUAAGGAUGUUACAGACUAUUUUUUUCACUUUCUCGACUUUGCAUUCACGCAUGCUUUGUCCUCUGUCUGACCCUCGAUCUUUUGACCUUAGUGCGACGCCAUCAGCACAUUGGAGAAGGAGCACGACUACAGAGACGAACACUUGGACUUCAUCCAGUCUCACAUCAGACGUUUCUGUCUGCAGUGUAUCCUUCACUGAGCAUUGCUCAGAGCUGAAAGUUGCCGAAACAACAAACUUAAAAGCGAAAGUAAACAGUGAAAGUAUUGAUCAGUACAGAAUAAGCAGAAGCUUUAAUAGGGCUCCUAAUCAAUAACACUGACUUUGCUAUUCUGCGGUCAAGUGUGGCAUUUUAAGGCAUCAAUUCACAUUUCAGCCUGAAGUGUCUUUACGCUCAGCUGCUCAGCGAGUGCGUGACAAGGUGCUCUGUUCUGUUCUCUUCUGAUGGGGUGAUUUUGUCAAAAUAAGGCCUCUUAACAGUUUGAGCUCAUAUUGCUUUGUUGCAGAGAGACUUUGAUAAAAGUCACGUAACCCAGUCCUGCUUGAAAUUGUUUUUUUCUUUCUUUUUCAUUUCUCCAGUCAAUGCAGAGUGAAAAGAGCGCUCCAUUUUCAGAGUUGAUUGUGUUUUAAACCAAGUCCACUGCUGCAGCUCUUGUGUACACCCUGCUCUUGAUUGUUUCUUGUCCCUUUUAGCGGUUUUUAUUUUUAUUGCUCCAUUUAGAAAUGUUCAAAACAUCCUUGACAGCUUUAUCAGAUGGUGCGUCUCUGGUUUACACAUCAGUGAAGGAGAUGAAAAACCUGGACAUCCUGUACAAAUACCUGGUCCACAGACUAUACGGUUUUCCUUUUCACUGCCCGGCACAAGUGGUGGAAAGAGACGCCGUCUUCAUGUAAGUGCCUUCAUGUUAGCCUGUGCACGCCUGUGUGAUUUAAGAGUGUUUUUUUUUUUUUUUAACCCUUUCUCUCCCCCAUCAGUCCAUCGGGCUGGGACAACGAGAAGAAGAUCGCCAUACUUCACGAGAACUUCCAGACAGUAAAAGCCGAUGACAGCUUUGAGGACGUAGUAGUCAAACCACCAGUCAGAAAGGUGCAGGCUUUCACUUCUAAAUCUGCUAACUUGGCGAGAUCCUCUUAGGCAUGCUAAGCUUACAGUGUAACUCUUAUGUGCUGCUGUAACAUUAUGUUUCAUGACUUUUUACAUAAUUUUUUCCAAGCCACUGCUCUAAUCUUUAGCUAAUAUCCCUGCUGGGAUCAUGAGAAAUUUAAGCUCUCUAAUUCAUCAGCUGUUGUAAGCAUGUAUUACGUGAAUAACUUCUCUCCUAUCUUCUUGUAUCUGUCAGCAGAUUGUACAUGAAAAGGAGAUUCAGGCAGAAGACGACCAAGUGUUCCUGGUAAAACUGCAGGUUAGAAAACUUUGCACUUGUGUUUUUUUCUGGCAUCACUUUUUCUGCUGCUUUUGCCUACUCCAAAGAAGUCUGACUCAAGGGUCUUGAUAUGCUAAUGAAGGACUAAUUGGAGUGAGUGUGCUUGUUGUGCUUAAUUUGCAGUCGCUGCUCGCCAAACAGCCUGCUGUGACAGCAGGGCGGCCAGUGGUGAGUGCUUUCCAUUUACAACUCCAUUUCCAUGAGAAACGGGACGGUGUGUAAAAUACUGGAUGGGUUGCAAGUCAUUCAAGCUCUAUAUUUGAUUUAAAAACUGCAAAGAGGACACAGCAACUGAAAAGUGUGACUGUUUUAUUAAAAAUACAUGCUUAUUCUUAUCCGAUACAGCUUCUAAGAUCCGCCCCAGUUUGGUGGGUUGGUGGGUGUCAGUGUACAGCAGUGGUUGUGGUUUGUUACCUUUAGACUCUUCUACUACAGAGCCAUACUGUUGCAAUAUUCACAGAUGAGGGUUGGGCAUCUUAUUGCUUGUACCUUAAACUUCCUGUAAGGAACUUUUGAAAAAAUCUCUCGUUUCUGCUGAUGUAUCCCUGUCACCUGCAACAGCGACCAGGACCACGAACGAAAUGAUUUAAAGCACUCAGACCAGAGACGACACAGGCGAUUUUCUCUUUAUUUUGCACUGAAAACGCGCAUAUUACUGUCACUCCAUAAAGGGUGACAACGUCUUGCAGCAGGAGACUCCUGCAGACUCUCAGUUGUACAUUGCUUUGGAAAAGAGCAUCUGCAAAAUGAAAUUGUAACAUCGUCGCCCUUUUAAAAAAUGUGUUUUCUGGAUAUCCGCAUGUACUGCUCCAAAACCUUGGUGUGUCAUUCAGCAUACCUGAGGCCCUCUUAGUUGUGUAUGCCACGGGCACUUGUGCGUUCCCACACCAUCGUGGAUGCUGGCUUUUGAGCUGUUGAUAAUGAGCCAGGUGGUCCCUCUCUCUACUUAAGAGCACAGAAUUUGUGUCCAUGGUUUUUGACAAGAAUUUUUGCCGAGGAACAUUUCUGAAAGUAUUAUUUUGCCCUGUCUCUCACAGAGUGGUGAACCUCUUCCCAUCUUUACAUCUGAGACUCAGCCUCUCUAGAGUUGUUCCUUUAGGGUUUUUCUUUUAAGCUUUGCACAACUUUUUCAGCCUUUUGUUGUUCCUGUACGAACUGUUGUUAAGAUGUAUUGCUCACAUCAGGUGAGAAAUAAGUAAAUAGUUUACAUGAGUUGUGUUUUUAUACCCGUUUUUAAUCCAAUAUAGGCGUUAAAUUAUUUGCAAACCAUAAAAAUCUGAUUUUAUUGACAUUUUACAUGCUGUCCAAACUCCUGUGGAAUUGGGUUUGUAUUUAUCUUCAGUAACUGUGUCUGCAUGUGCAAAAUAACCUGUUUUCAUUCACAGGACACCACCAGUAGAGCACCCACUGGAUCCCCUAGGACGAGUAAUCGCUCUGCAGCAGCCAACGUCGCCAACGCCAUGCCACAGUCAGGUACGCCUUCACGAAACCACCUUUGUGUAUGGCUCUUAUGUUUAACUUUUAAUCUCAUUUUUAUUUUUCUCUCUGUGUUUUCAGGUCAGACUAGUGAGGGCGUGUUGGCCAAUUUCUUUAACAGUCUACUGACAAAGAAAGCAGGGACAGGGGGACCCGGGACGCCAGGCGGCGGCAACAACACUCCAGGAACAGUACGCAAGUCAGGUAAGAAGACGAGCUGAUGUGUGCUGAGGGUUGUUACGACACUCCUGAUUUCUCUGACAGAAAAUUUACCGGUUAGUUUGAGAUUUAACGCCAUUUUCAGCCACUAUAUCACCCAGCUUCUUUUUGGCUUUUCAUCCUCCACCCUCCCUCUAUCAUUUCCUCACCUCCUUCCUCUCCUGUCCUCUGCUCCAGAUAUGAACAUUACACAUGGUAAAGAGUGAUGAAGAGUCUUCCAAACACUCUCACUAACUUUAACCUAUACCUGUUUUUAGCUCUGUACGACCGUCUCUUCAUUCCUAACUCUCUUCAUAGUUGUCUGUUGUGUAAUCUCACUCUUAAAUCAUCCAUAAUGUGUGUGUGUGUGUGUGUGUGUGUGUGUGCACUAGUCAGAGGAUGCUGGCCACGCUAAGGUGUGUGUGUGAGAUAUACUCCUCAUUUAUUACUGCCUGCUCAUGUCAUUGUUCAUCCCUGCUAGCAUCUUUUCAUUUUCCUGACCCUAACCUCUCCUUUUUUUGGGAUCAUGCCUCUUGUAUCACACUUUUACCUCUUGUACAGCGGCACAUGGUCUAUAAAGAUAGUUUUAUAAAAAAAACAUUUGUGAAACGAAACUCUAACUCAGAUUGUGGUUCAGAAGAUGAUCCCACGGCUGCUGAAUUAUUCCUGCACAAAUAUUUUAAGUUUUGCAGUUUUUGCAGUUUAAUGCACAGCACUGUAUUUGUAUUGGUGUCAUUUAAUUAAAAAAGAAAGGAGGUGUGUAAAGAUCUACAGCAAACAGACCGUCAUACCUCAGAGCUGCACUCUUUUCUUAUCUUUAGGAGAAAACAAUGCACGCCUUGACAGGUUUAUUUUCAUCUGAUUGAGUGAUACUGAAUUGACAUUUGCAGCCCAGAUAUUUUCCCUUCUUGUGCACUGUCUUCAUUCUGCUCCCCUUCAUGUUUUCUCCUCCUUUUUAAUGCAUGCUGCAUCGCAUUCUCCCCACUAACAUCAGCCACAAACAUUACACAUGAUUCAAACUAAGGCUGGGUUAUAUGGUCAGGAAAAAACUAUGGAAUCACACUGAUGGAAAAGGCCAGUGGUUGGUGUUCUAGGGAUGCAAAUAUCAUUGAUCUCUCAGACUCGCAGUGCAGUGUUUCCCCCUGUAUUUGCGCCCCGCCCUGCCAACAAGAUCCCAACACAGAUAUAGAAGUCAUACAUUAAUCUAGACAUUUCAUUUUUAUUUUUAUCAAAACGGCCCAGAAAAUAUAAUUUGCGCAAUUUCAGCCUCUAAAGCUUGCAAUCAUUUCAUUACUUUCAAGAAAAAUGUUUCUCUCCGCUUCUCUGCUCGCUCCUCUCUUUGUCUCACAACAUACACAUUUGCUGACAGGCCACGCCGCGUAGUUCAGAGGCGCGGCAUGUCAGCACCACUGAUCCUGGUAUUCUGGUCACUCAUACCCGGCUAGUUUUGACAACCCGGGGUUCUUGCUCCUUUCCACAACAUAAUCUUGUAGAUGCUAGCUUAAGCAUCUCUCCCAACCCCGAAAACAGCGCUGGCUCAUCUAACACUGGCUCAUCGAACGAAGACAUAUGACAUUUGUUUACGUAAUGUACUUCCACCCCACCUCCCACCGCCAAAGCAAAAAAAGCUAGGGGAAACACUGAAGUGUCCAGUUUUCUGCAUGCUUGUUCUUCUUGAUUAGAUAAGCAUCAGUUAGGAACACAUUUGAUCCAGAGGUAGAAAACACACUCAGAUGGUACCGAUGUUGCUGGUAUUCAAACACAUGUUCGCUUUGCCACUCUGGUAAAUCUCUCCUCAUUGACUUUGCACUAGUCUGCUAGCUUUGUGUCCAAAGAUGAAUUUAUGUCCAGGUAAUAAAAAGUUCCCAAUCCCACAGUUAUCUGUGGAGCUUGUGCUCGUGGAGACCCUGUGCAUGACUGCAGACCCUUGCUGAGCGUCUCCACUGUGCACAACACUCCUAGCCAGUUGGUUUGCAUUGAAACGUGCUUUGAACUCAAAACACGCUGAUAGCUGAAUGAAAUAUGAGUACACACUUAUUGUUCUUCCUUUAACAGAAGAUGUCAAAAAAUACUAGCAGGGAAGGAGAAGAGAAACCAAAGUUAAGAUCACAUAGAUUCAUAGAUGCAAUUAACUUAGAGCUGAAAUCAAGUGGGAUAUGACAACCUAGAUUUAUAAAGUCAUAGUUUUCACCUAUUGUUUUGGCAGGUAAAAGUAAGGAAGAGAGGAGGUGGGUGGGUGACAUAUAGGGGACAUGAGGUGAGCAAUGCAAAUAAGAAACAAAACAGUGAACAGAAACUCAAGUCCAAUUUUCUGAUUGUCUCACAGCAUCUUAUCCUAACAAACUGAUAAACACACCUGCUGCUCUGCACAACCCCAAAAGAUGCUGAAGGACUUUGUCUUUAUGCAGAUGAGACUGCACUUCAUCCGAGUGCUGCUCAUACAGCCGCUACACAGUGAUCGCAGCGUCCAUAUGGUGUCUCCUAAGUUAUGUCAGUGUCUUUGUGCAGACGGACUAAAAGUAGAAAGAAGAGACAGGGAUGUCAGGCCUUUGCAUUGUUAAUUAGUCCCAAUUUGCAGCCUCCUGUCAGGGGGCUUCACAACAUUGCACAAUUAUUACAAACCUGCUCACAAAAUGUCCAAAGAAAUUACAUAGAGGAAGUACACUCAGUGCUAGACUUUGGCGAUGAAUAGAACUUUAAUUACUAUUACAGCUCACCAUGAUCUGAAAUAUUGAGCUUGAGCGUCACUGUUUUGACUGAUUUGCACUCAUUUAGUCAUGUAAGGUGGAUGCACUUAUUCCCCCUCCCCUCAAAGAGUUCUCACUUUUAUUUCAUCAACAAUAUCUCAGAUCCAAGUGCAACAAAGUUUGGGCGCCUGAGGAAGUUGCGUAUGCUGCAAAAGUUAACUGUAGACUGUUGGAUCCUCAACAUGGGCUGCUGCAGAGUUACAAACUAUGAGGCAACCACAGGUGGAGAGAGGAGAGAGAGGAGCGUCUGAAAAGCAGAGGGACAGAGGAAAGCACAAGAGGAGAGAGACUGUAGUGAUCAGUGUGUCAUAUCUGUCUAUAUCAGAAAAUUUUGUCAAAAUUACAACCCGACUCUUAAUGACUCCUUCUCCAAUGAUAUAUUGUGCAUAAUACAAAGAAAUCAAUAUUUACAUGUAUGUUGGAUAUAACUAAAGGUUUGCACAUCUCAGUGUGUAUCGUACUAUCCUGAGUAUCAGCCUUAUAGUGAUUAUGUCACCCAGCUCUUACUUUAACCAUGUGUAACUUCCUUUGUGAAUACUGCAUUAUGCCUUAAUCACUCAAAACAGUGAAAAUGUGCCUUUUUUUCAGCUGCUUUGACUGUUUUAUUAGUAGUCAUCUAAAUGUUCACGUGUAUCUGAUGCAGGUUCAAAGCUGGGCCUGGGAGAUGUACAGGCAGAGCUGGACCGCAUAUCCAGCCGGGAGAGCGACUCAGACUUACCCAAUGCCAACGAGACUCCCGCCACCGACGGACAGGACACAUGAAGACCAACACACAUCAUCCAGCUCUCCUUCUCUCCCCCCCUCCCCACCCCCCUCUGCCCCACCUUCCUCCUCAGUCUCCUCUACCUCUCUCACUCGUCCUUCCCUCCACUCCAUCACAAAGAUGUGCAGAAAAGAGGGAUGUCGGGGAAAGGGGGAGUGGAAAAACACAGAUUCACCUCUUUGUCAUCUCUCACUUUGAAAAGAACCCAUCCUCUCCUUCCAUACAUCCUUCUGCUCCUUUUUUCUCCUUUUCUUCUCUCUCUCUCUCUCUCUUCUCUACCUGGCUGUUACACUGAGGGCCAGUAUUUGUCACUGUUACAUACAAGACUGUCUGUUACAUGAGAGUAAAUGGGUGUGGGGGGACCAAUGGAGGAAGACAUGAGAAGCAGGGUUGAGGAAGAAUGAUUUCGAAAAAUGAGAGUGUGGGUGUUUUAUCCAUCCAUUCCUCGUGAUGGUGCAGGUAGUUUUUUUUUUUUACUGUAGGGACAACUGAAGGGCGCAUGUGGAAGAAUCUGUACUUUAGGUACGACUGUGUGUUUCAUGUAUGUGGGGCAAGUCAUGCUCGGACAGAGGAAGAGAUUGAGAACAAAAAAAAUGCCUGAAACAAAACCGCAAACAGUCCUGUUUUUUUAAGAUGAAGGGAAAAACAUACCAGUAUUUGUGUGUGUGUGUUUGUGUGUCAGUGUGUGUGAGUGCAUGUGUGUGCGUAUGAGAGUGAAGAAUAUUAAGUUACUUCAACCUAGACCUGUACGUCAAGAGAUUUUUGGCUGUUUGCAUUUCAACCAAAAGGCAGAAACAUUACUAUGCUUUUACACUACAAGCUCUUAAAACGGUGCAUACACUAUUAAAACAGCAGCACUGUCUGCUCGACGACACAAACCAAACAUAUUUUACACUCCAGCACUAGUCUUGUGUAGAAAACACUUAAACUGUCCUACAAUUGGCCAUUUCUCGCCUGGUGGUUCAUACUGCUCCGACCUGUAAAUAACAGACAGUGCACUGAUAAAGGGAGGGGGUAGAGAGUGUGGGGAGGGGGGUGAGGGGUAGGUGGGUAGCUGAGCUUUACAUGUACAGAAAGAAGCACUAGUGAUUCAGUUGAAUAGUUAACCGCAGGCAGGGUGGUGGGCGGGCAAUGGGAUCAGAACAAGGGAGGGUCACACCAAGAAUGUACAGUCAUUGUCUCGCUGAUUGGUCCUGUUAUUUCAGAGCUCUGUGUUGGCGUUUGUAUAAUCAGAUCUGUUAAUCAGUCAAAUAAAAGGUGUAUUUAUUCGGAUUCAUCCACCUGGUUUUGCUGAUUUUUCUUUUAACCUCUGAUCUUCAAAGAAGUUGGAAGGCUUUGAUUGAUAUCUUACAAAACUCUUGUGAAAUCCCUCAUACUAUCAUACUUACUGUCAUCAUAUUUAACUGCAACCAGCAUCAUAUUAAAUUACAUACUCAUACAUCCAUACAACAAACCAUUACACUGACACAGAGCUAUAUUCAGGCAUAUCAAUGAAAUAAACCGUUAUCAUAAUAGACCCUCUUCCCUAUACCAUCUGAGAGUCAUUCCUUUUUUAAUGUGGACAUUGUUUCAGCUCUGUAUUCAGUCCAUUUUAUAAUUAAACUUCACAGGUUGAAAUAAAGAAACGUUUCCCUGCUGUGUGAAUGCUUCUCAUCUCUAAAGAUGUGGUAUUCUGUUUUAUUCAAAUUCAAAAAUAAAUGUUAAAUCAAGAUGAUGAACAUCAUUCCUGAACAUGAGCAAAGCUUCAGGUUGAAGGUUAAUGUCUGAUGAAGUCAUCCCGAGGUGGGACUACAGGGAGUACUGAAUGGUUUAUUAAAAAAGCAAAAUUUUGCAACGUCAGUCAGAUCUGGUCAAACUGUGACACCACCAGACAGUGAAUCAGUGACGUAUUAGUCAUUCUACAAAAAGAGACCUACUUUGUUGUAUGGCAGCAGUGGAAGGAGCUUCUAGAAAGCUGGGGGAGCUUUAAAGGGACAUGAAGCAUCUUAAACACAGGCUGAUAUAUGUCAACUUUGUUGUAUCAUGUGUAGCUGCUAAGAAGCUUCAGGGGGUCAAUAUACAGCUAAAAAUAAGCGUAAUAUCCACCUUUUUAAAACUAGCUUCCCUCUUUAGCUAUAACCUCUUCUCUCUGAAUACAACCAAUGGUCAAUAUCUAAGAAAGAAAAAACAUUACCAUGAAAGCUUGCACUGAUUAAGUCACCCUGGUCUAAGACACAAAAUCUGUAUGUUUUCAGAGCAUAAAAUGAUUGGAGAUUAUUCAGAAAAAAAUAUGCAAUCAUAAUGUGAAUGGCUGAUAGUGGCAGGUAUUCAGAGCUCUAAACUGGGCUGAAGCAAAAGCAAGUGUUGGUAGUGCCAGAAAAACCUUUAGGAUGCUGUUUUAUACAUGCAUAAUUCAUAACUCAAAUCAUCUUUUUAACUCUGGAAAAAUCAUUUAAACAAUAAACUUUUGAGCAGAUUCCAUCAAAUUUUGUAAGGACAGACGUGUUUAUUUGUCCACUGUGUCCACAAGCAACUGAUUGUAUAUAAUUCAUAGUUUUAUAAGCAUGCAACAUAUUUUGCCUUCACUUUGGAUAUUUGAUUAAAAAUACCACCAGUAUUAACUGUAACAUUCCCUAUCUGUAAGUUUCAUUUUCCAUUCCUUGGACUAUCAUGCUGUAACAUUGCUCUACUAUGACCCUGCAGACUUUGACCUUUCUUGUGUGUCACUCACUCGAACAAUCACUCCACUAUGUGUGACCCCUUUUCUCUUAUUACUUUCAGUCCAUAUCAAACGUUCUUUUCAUGUGCAUGUGCGUAUUUAAUGAUGGGGAAACAGAAGUAGAUGCAUGAUGCAUUUUAAGGUUUGCAAGUAAGGAUUUAUGUGAUUAAUCAGUUUCUGUUUGGCUUGACAACUGAAAUUCAGCUAUUGCAAUAAAGUGCUUCUUAUAAAGUGAAA